AAAAAAAAAAAAAAAAAAAAAUCGAAAAUUGUGCUCUUCGUCUAACAGCUGCCUUCUAUAAAUUGAAUGAGUGGUUUCAAUUUUAUACUGCCAGGCGAUGCACGUUAUCGUAACGACCAUUCGAUCAAGAGAAAAACAAUAAAGGAAUCAAGCGACCACAAAAGCCAUGAACUACUCGUAGAUAAAUACAAACCAACAACUGAGACUGAGAUCUGUGUACCAGCAGCAAAAGUGACAGAGAUAAAGAAAGCCAUCAAAACAUCAGCUUUAUAUUCAGAUCAGUAUCCUACAACGAGAUUUAUCAUAGUGUCAGGGCCCACAGGAUGUGGGAAAAGCUCUUUGAUUCAUCUACUCAGUAAGACGAUGGGCUUUGAUAUUUUGGAAUGGGAGAACCCCUAUCGUCAGAGCUAUAAUCCAGAAACAUACAAUGGCCAAAAAUUUGAAUCAACCAUGACUAAAUUUGAAGAAUUCAUGCACUUUGCUAUACGAUUCGAAAUGCUAAAAGAUCCGCAACAUACACCAGAAACAAACGAAAAGAAAGUAAUUUUACUAGAUGAUAUACCCGAUCUAACUACGGAUAACGUAAAGCAUCACUUUCAGCACAUUUUACAAACGGCUCUGUAUUCAGAUGCACAAUUUUUAGUCAUUAUGACUAUCAAUGAUACCAACGACGCCAAAAUCAACAAUGCGAACGACAUUAUACCCAAAUGCUUUCAUACCCAUCCUCAUGUUAAGUUUAUAAAACUUAAUCCUGUUACUAUAGCCAAAAUGAAAAAGAUUCUGGACAAAGUGAUGAAGGAAGAGAACUUGUCCAUAUCAGAUGAUACACUAGAAGAUUUACUUGUAUUAAGCAACGGUGAUAUACGAUUGGCUCUCAAUAACCUACAAUUUCAAGCUCGCAUUCACGAUCAUCAUAGUGUCAAGAGGCUGAAACCGACGAAAAGAAAGAGCAAAAGUAGUCAAAGAGAGUCGAGAGAAGUGAAGCGUUUUGAUGAACAUGUUGGGCCACUGAACCUAUUCCAUGCUAUUGGCAAGGUUCUCUACGCAAAGCGGUUAGCCGACGGUUCCUACGAAUCGGCCCCGGAGCACAUUCUUCAUAAGUUGCCUGUAGAUCAUGAUUUGUUCAUUUCACAUCUCCAUCAGAACUGCUUGGACUACUUUGAUGAUAACGAUAUGGAAUCUCUUGCUCGCUGUUUGAGUUAUCUGAGUGAUGCAGACACUAUUCGGUUACGACAUGAUCGACACGAACCGAUGUUGGCAGAAUAUCGAUGCGAAGUGUCUAUACGGGGCAUGAUGACAAAGCCUCCCGCUGCGUCUGUAGGCUGGCGGCCGUGUGAAGCCUUGGAGGAUUUUGAAGUGAGGAAGAAAGCACGAGAAACCAAAAGAGAAAAAGACAUGGAAGAGUGGAUGGCCUCUGUUCAAAGUAGGAACACGACUGCGGACGAAGUACAACGGUUAUUAGAAGAGGAUCCCGUGGAGGCAUUUAGCUCUGAUGAAUUUGACGACGAAUUUGGUGAUGGGUCUGAUCUACAGGAUUUUUUAGAUUUUUAAGAGCUGAUGGCAAAGUGACGGUUCGUUACCUGUGAUGCAGCCAUCGUAGGCAAAAAAAUGAUACAACAGCGAAAAUCACCUGUCUAUUAGCACUGCUCCUGAUAAAGAAAGAGUAUAGUCUCACACAAAAAUUAGCACACGAUGGCAACUAUUUAUGUCAUUCAAAGAUGACAAUUGCUAAGCAGGUAAAGGCAGUAGUAGCCUUUUUACUUUUAAAUUUAUUUAUUGGUUUAACCCAGUUGGAAGAAGAAAGCAUCAAAGCCGUUGGGUCUUUUUUGUUUAGUUAAAGUCAACGU